AUGGCCGAAUCAGAGGCCGCAUUUGCAUACCAUGAGCCAUCUAUCAAAACAGUCCUCAACUACACAGGAUUUCUCCUAGUCUUGAACAUAGCCAACACCUUCCUAAACAACUUGCUAUAUUGCGGGUUAAUUGGUCAACUAUUCAUCGGCGUCCUGUGGGGCACCCCAGGGGCGAAAUGGCUCGACCAAGAGACAGAAACAGUGAUCCAACAGAUUGGAUAUCUGGGCUUAAUACUCUUGAUCUACGAAGGCGGCCUAUCAACUUCAAUCAAGGCCUUGAAGGCAAACAUCCUACUUUCAAUGGCCGUUGCCUUAACUGGAAUAUGUGCACCAAUGGGUCUAUCAUUCAUCCUCAUGGAACUUGUAUCAGCAACACCUCUUCAAGCCUUUUCAGCUGGUGCAGCUUUAAGUGCAACAAGUCUCGGAACCACCUUCACCAUCCUCUCCACCACUCAAUUGACCAUCACACGACUCGGCACAGUAACAACCAGCGCCGCAAUGCUAGACGAUGUAGUCGGUCUAGUCAUGGUCCAGAUUAUCUCGAACCUGGGUGGGAGCACCGCAUCAUUCAGCGCGGUGACUAUCAUCCGGCCCAUUUUCGUGUCACUCGGGUUUGCCGUUGGCCUACUACUACUGUGUGCAUUUUGUUUGCAACCGGUGUUGAAGAAGCUGAUUGCCUGUAAAGACAAAUUCCCGGCAUUCACAAGCACGGCUCAAUCUGCAUUUCUGGCCCAGACCUGUGUUCUAGUUGGAAUUGUGGCUAGUGCGACGUAUGCUGGCACAUCCAGCCUCUUUGCUGCUUAUCUUGCUGGUGUGGUUGUCUCUUGGUUUGAUGGGCUGGUUGCUGAAUCAAAGAUCCCACCUUCUCCUUCAGAGCAGGUUGUCUCUCAGAUGUGCUCCAAUUCCCAAGAGCACAAUACUUCCGCCCAGAGACGUGCACGCGGUCUCCAAGAAGAGGAUACAAACGCGGCCGAGACUCGCGUGCAGCCUGUUCAGAAAACUGAAACGCCUCAUAACACACCAACAGGUGCAUUGGUAUACGAAAUAUACUAUAAAGAGGCCAACAACCGAGUCCUCCUUCCCCUUUUCUUUGCAUCCAUUGGAUUUGCAAUCCCAAUCACCAAGAUGUUCUCGGGUCAAAUUGUCUGGCGCGGCAUAAUAUAUGCCAUUUUGAUGACAAUUGGCAAAAUAAUAACCGGACUUUGGCUCGUUCGAUUUUCUUCAAACCCCAUACUGGAUCUGGUUUCUAUGGUCAAAAGGCCAUUCGCGUACGUUCGUUCCUCCUGCGCCAGACCCCGAGCCACCAAGCCCUCGAAAAAAGAGAAGACUCCUUCUCGGACGAAACCCAAAUGUAGCAAUAUAGGGCAAACUCUAAAUAAUUCCAACCAACAUGAGUCAACGAACAACCCUGCGCCCCGUUCACAAACAUAUCUCCCUCCAAAGCCUAAGUCUUUAUAUCCACCUUUCAUCUUGGGUCUGGCAAUGGUAGCUAGAGGUGAAGUCGGAUACCUGAUUGCGUCCAUCGCAGAAAGCCAGGGGAUAUUCUCCACUGAAUCAUCGGAAGGGCCGUCUGAGACCUAUUUGGUGGUUAUAUGGGCAAUUACGCUGUGCACAUUGGUCGGCCCAUUAAUGGUUGGAACGCUAGUCAGGCGCGUGAAGAAGCUGCAAAUGUCCAGAGGAAGUCAAGGAUCUGAUCCCUUGGGCAUUUGGGGCAUUUAG